AUGCUUCGACGUAAACUUUCAGCUGGUCUUCUAAGACCUUCGCUGCCCACUCCACAGAUAGCUUCACCAGGUAGACCUCGUUCUCGGUCGUUAGCUUCUGCAGUCCUUUUAUCUUCCCAACGAAAUUGGAAGUCUGAAACUGUUGUCACUCUCAAAACUGAACUCAAAAAAAGAGGUUUAUCUCAACAAGGUAACAAAGCUACAUUGAUAGCUAGACUCGAAUCAGCUGAGACUUCCUCACUGCUUGGUCCAUUACCACCUUUUCCAAAUGUCAACGUAACCGGAACAAGAUCACUUUCCACUUCAGCAUCGGUAUACCAACCUCCCAAGUCAAAAAAAGAGACCGCUCCUACCAAGGCAGCAAGUGAAGAUGAUCCAAGUGUGAGAACUACUGGACCCGAGGUUUUAGUCUCUUCACCAGCGACAGAAUCGAGGAAGGUGGAUCCAAUUGAACCUGAAAAAAUUACUGUAGCACCUGGUCUGCCGCAGAGUGACGUUGCUUCCACCACUUCAGGCGAGAAGCUGGACCUGGUAUUCCCAAGAAGUCAGGCUGCAGAAGAGAUCGAUCAAGUCAUCCCUUCCACACCUGACAACUACGCAUCUACCUCUGCCCCCUCUCCUGAACCUUCCGUUUCUGCACCAAAGGUACUUACCGUCGCAUCUGCAUCGACUCAUCUUUCCGGAGGACCAGUUCAUGGUGUUCACGAAUCGAUCGAUUCUCAUUCGCUCGAAGCCGAUUCAACACCUUCACUCAAAGAUCUUCCGUCUUUCACCGAAGCUUUGACCAGUGUGAUUGGUGCACCUGGAAGAGCAUGGUCUUCAAUUGGUUUCAAAGCACCUGAAAUCAAUUUGCCCAAAGCGGAAAGCAAAGGAGAGUACAAGUAUGAGAAGCGGAAUCUGAAUGAUGAAGAGAAAAGAGGAGUUUGGGUUUUAGCUGGUGUAGUGGGCCUAGGAUUGGCUUUAGGGGGUGGAGGUAGUGGAAAGAAAGACAAGAAGGGAUUGACACAAAAAGCGAAAGAGCUCAAAGAUCAAGCUACGGGAAACAGGACAGUCAAAGGUGACGCUCAAUGGGAAAAAGCAAGUGGUGCGGGUGUAGUAGGUCAUGGUUCUAGGAAAGAUUAG